GAGAGGGGAUUAUGUUUUUGUUUCUGUGUUUUUGGGUUUGGUUUUCUUUAUUUCAAUAAUGGAAAAGGAUUGUGAACAAAAACUGUAAUAUUCAGAUGUUAAUAAUCGGCUCAUUUAACGAUAUACCUAUGUGUUGGAAUCGUCCGAUUGAAUUUAUCUACAUAUCAAUGUGGCUAUAACCUGUUUCUUUACAAGUGGACGAAGCCGGCAACUUAGGGAACAGUUUACCGGUAUUGUGUCUUUGUUUGUACAGCGCCGCUCAAGGGACGCGUGCUCUUUUGUGUGAAGUUUCAUUUUCUUUGUUUAAAAAACACGAAUUGUACUAAUUGAUUAUACAUCUGAACGAAAAGGUUAACAUUUUCGUUUGAAAUAUGCGAUACGCCAAGAAAUUUAUUACAGAAAGGUUGAUAAGGUUUGUCGUACUUUGGAGUUUAGUGGGGUUUCGCGUUGAUUUGGACUCGUAUUACUUUUCGCCACUUUUAGAGUCAAGUCUGGGUUCAAGUUCAGCUUAUGUUCAAACACCAUUUCAUAACUUCGGGGACACAUUAGAGGGCUACAAUUUGCAUCCUAAAUGUCCCGAUUUGGACUAUUACUUUACAAGCAGGAGGUUGCUGAACGAGGUGAAAGCAUUAGGGACACCACAUUUCCCCAUCACGGAGGUGAACGCAUGGCUGCUACAUGCGGUAUCCGGAGAGCCUGACAGCUCGGGUACAGCGACCCAGGGACAGCAGACUGGCCAUGGAGCUUUGGUCAUCCAAGGGGAGGAGAGUCCGCUUGAAUCUGGAGACGACAGAGGUUCAGCUGAAAAUGAACUUAGCAAAGAGGAUAUAGAAUUGAUUGAAAAACUUUGGAGGCAAGAUUUAAGCAUAUCUGAUGGGUCUGGAGAAUUGGAGAAUAUUUCACUGGAGAAGGAUAAUCACAUAGACGAUAAAAAGGUUAAGGAAUCAGAGUCAAAUGAAACUUAUGAGUUGCAAGAACAGCUUGGUCAGAGUUUCCACUCUUCUGAUGAGAAUGUACCGCAAGUACAGUCAAUACCUCCGGAGCCACGGGCUUUAUUAAGAGAUGAUCUGGAGCAAAGAUGGCGAGAUUUUCUGUCUUUAACUGAGUUGCAGGACAUGGGCAUAAAUUCUGUUCAGGCAAAUGGUGAUUCCAGCACUGGUAUGAAUAUUUCACAAGCUGUUAGUCAUAAUGUGAGCUUACAAGAUGCAAUGGCUUCCAGAAACCACCAUGAUCUAAGAAGAGAUUUUGAUCUAAUGGGAAGUGAGCAAAGUUCAGAACUUCUGCAAUCACAGUCUUCCAACUUGUCCAACUCUGAAAUGCUUCUCAGUGUUUCUAAUCUGACAGCUGAGUUUUUUCCACUUAUCGAAAAUUGUACCAGGAAUGUAUCAAAUCAUAACCAGUUAUCUGGUUUCCUUGAUGAAGCUGUGUUUGAACAAAUUAAUUUAAUGGGCCUUUGUAUGGAAGGACUUGAUAAGAUGCUUGAAGAACAUGAUUCAGAUUCUGGACUGUCAAUAAAUUCUAGUUCUAAUAGUCCAGAAUCUCCCAUUAGUUCAGAUAUGUCUUCAUGUAGAUCAUUCUGUGAAGAUGAAGGAGCUGUCGGAUACAGCAUUAAAGCUGAACAUGUUUCAUGGGAUGGUGUGGAGGGAGCUACAGGAGGCUCAAAAGUUUGUUGCUCCCAAUACAAUGAACGUUCCCCUGUUUGUGCCUAUAGUGUGCAUCAUGACCACACUUACAACCUUCCUUCAAAUCAAAAUAUUUCCACCUUUCCUCCAUCAGAUGUCAAAUGGGAAGAGGAGGAUAUUAAAACUAAUUGGAGUGAGGAUAUUGAUCUUACUCAAGAUGAAAGACGAGUACGAGCUCUAAGAAUUCCAUUUUCAGUCUCUGAAAUAGUCAACAUGCCUGUUGAAGCCUUUUUGGAUCUGGUUUCUAAAUAUGAUCUUACAGAUGCCCAAGUUACUCUAAUACGGGAUAUAAGACGUCGGGGGAAAAACAAGGUUGCCGCACAAAACUGCCGUAAGCGAAAAAUAGAUAUUAUUACAAACCUGGAAAGUGAUGUGGAAAAACUUAGGAUGCAGAAAGACAAACUUAUGAAAGAACGGUGUCAACAGAGCAGAUCUAUCAGUACCAUGAAGGAAAAGCUGAAUGCCCUAUACAAAGAUGUAUUUAGUCGACUGCGAGAUGAUGAGGGCAGGCCUGUUAACCCAAGCCAGUAUGCUCUUCAAUGUAAUAGUGAUGGAAGUGUCAUAGUUAUGCCUCACAAACUGUUGGCAAUGAAACAGAAAUCGGACAAAAGAAAAAAGGAAAAGAAACGUUGAAAAUGCAGUUAUUUAUUCGCCCCACUUUUCACUUGAAAAGAGAGAUUUAGUUGUUUGUUUGCCUAUGUCUGUUUUGAAAGCUCUGAGGUGAGGUGUCAAGUUAUUGCUAAAGGGGGGGGGGUUGUAUGUUUUAAAGAUUUUAAAAUAUUGCAACUUUUAUUAACAUGUUAAUUUUUAUUGAAAACAAAAUCUCUUACUGUGUUGAGACUUUGCAGUCCACUCCUAUAAAGUAAAAUACCCAGGAGACAUUUAGGACAGCUGUUGCUGAGCACAUCCUGAAAAGUAUACACCUAAAGCAAUAAUUUCUAAUCUGCAUCAAUGUCUGAUAAUUUUCUUAUGAAAAAAAGCUGCUAAUCACUGGAUGACUGUUAAUAAAAAUAACAAACGGUUGCUUAAAAAGUUA